AUGCCCCCUGGUUUUAUAUCUCCCAAACCUGGCCAGGUAUGCAAACUAAUUAAAUCCCUCUAUGGAUUGAAACAAGCUAGUAGACAGUGGAAUCUAAAGCUUACCCAAGAGUUUUUAAGCAUGGGUUUCAAACAAGUUGUGUCAAAUUCCUCUUUGUUCACAAAAGACAAAGGAGAUGAUUUUGUGGCUUUACUUGUAUAUGUUGAUGAUGUGGUGAUUGCAAGUCCAAACUUAAACCAGGUGAACCAGAUCAAAAGCCACUUGGAUGAUGUCUUUCACAUUAAAGAUUUAGGUGCACUUAAAUUUUUUUUGGGGAUAGAAAUAGCAAGGAACACUGAAGGCAUAUCUGUCUCCCAAAGGAAGUAUACAUUAGAGUUGCUUGAAGAGACUGGUUUUCUGGAUUGCAAACCAGCCAAAACACCUAUGGCAACAGCAACAAAGCUCAGUAAAGCCAUUGGGAACAAAAUUGAUGACAUUACUCAAUAUAGAAGGCUUGUGGGAAAACUGUUAUAUCUUACAAUUACAAAACCAUAUGUAAGCUAUGCUACACAACAAUUAUCUCAAUUCCUAGAUUGUCCUACUGAUGUACACAUGCAGGCAGCACAUAGGGUUUUGAGAUACACCAAAACAACCCCAGGCCAAGGGUUGUUCUUCUCAGCAUCUUCAUCUCUACAGAUUAAGGGGUUCACUGACUCUGAUUGGGCUGCUUGUCCAGACACUAGAAGGUCUGUUACUGGGUUCUGUAUGUUUCUUGACACCACCUUAAUAUCAUGGAAAUCAAAGAAACAACACACCAUAUCUAGAAGUUCAUCCGAGGCUGAGUACAGGGCCCUUGCAGCUGCAGCUUGUGAGAUUCAGUGGCUCAUUUACUUGCUGCAAGACUUGGGAGUACAACUUAAUUCACCAGCUAUGUUGUAUUGUGACAGCAAAUCCGCAAUUGCUAUAGCAGAGAAUCCAGUAUUCCAUGAGAGGACGAAGCACAUCGAAAUAGACUGCCACCUUGUGAGGGAAAAACUACAAAGGCAAGUACUGAAACUGAUGCAUGUCACCACUGAAAGCCAGCUUGCUGAUGCAUUCACAAAACCCCUUGCUUCUGCUAUCUUCUCUAAGUUCAUCUCCAAGCUGGGUCUACAUUGCCUGUACACUCCAGCUUGCCGGGGGGGAGGGGGGGGGGGGGGGGUGUCAAGAGAUGUCAACAAGCUGAAUCUGUCCACAUCACUCAACCUCCAUAACCAACUCUGUUAA